AUGAACGAUGGAUUAGGUUUUACCUUUGAAUUUUAUGAGGACAAUCAAUCUUGCAAUAUUUAGUUUCAAUUCUAUCAAAACAAUAUAUAAGAUGAAAAUUUUAACCCUUUGUUCUUUUAGUAUAAACCUGAAGAAAUUUAGUAAUAAUGCAAGAAAUAUAAUAUUAGUUAAUUGCAAGAUUACAUCUCUUAAAUUGAAAAUAUAUAAGAAAAAGAACAAAAACCAUUUUCUGACAAUUUUUAAGAAUCAUAUAUUAGAAAUUUUUCAAGUGAUAAGGAGAUCAGCAAACAAAAAUAUCAUAAUGUUGAGUAACUAAAAUAAUAAAGAUUUCAAAUUAAAGAUUUUGAAAUAAAGGUAUUGUUAUAUGUAUGAAAGAUUAAAGGUAGGUAAAAUGAAGAAAUGGACUAAAAAGGAACAUUAUUUAUUGGAAAAUUAUUAUCACCAAUUAAAAGGAAAUUGGCAUAGAAUAGCUGAAUAAAUGAAAGGGAGAACUUUAACUUAAUGCAAAUAAUAUUGGCAUAGACAACAUAAGAACGAAGAUAAAAAAAAAACUAAAUGGACUUAAGAAGAGGAUUAAAUGAUUAAAGAUAACAUAAAUUAAAAUUAAAAUAAUUGGGCUGCCAUCGCACUAAGUAUUUACAUAUACCUAAAGUAUCAGUACUAAAAAGUAAAACAGGAAAAUAAAUAAGAGAACGAUAUGUUAAUAAAUUAAGAGCAGAUAUAGUAGAUUCUAAGAAAUAACCUUGGAAUUAAGAGCAAGAUUCUAAGCUUAUAUAAUUUUUUAAUUAAUUUGGAUCAAAAUGGUCUUAAAUAGCAAAAGCGUUUCCUGGAAGAUCAGUAUUUUUUUUAUUAGAUUUAGGACUUAUAAGUUAGAAAUAGAAUGAAAAAAUUGCUAAAAGAUAAUAUAUCUAAAAAGUCGAAGUAAUAAGAUGAUUUAGAAUUUAAAAUAUAGGCUUAAAUAAGAAAUAAUAUUGAUGAAUAUUUAGAUCUAGCUUAAACUUGUGAAAAACCUUCAAAGAAAAUUUAAUUUAAUUUUGACUCCUUUAAUUCUUAAACAUUCUCAUUUGUUGAAACUAAAUAAGAUUGA